AUGAUCAGGGACGAGCCGCGCAACGUUGAUGGCGUUACCCCUACCAGUUCCAAUCAGGAACAGAUGCUUCGCCUUUACAAGCGCCGGUGGUUCGUUUUGUUCGUAGGUGGUCUCCUGAACGCUUCAAAUGCCUUCUCGUGGAUCGCCUAUGCGCCGGUUGCCAACUUUGUGGACGAGUUCUAUGGAGCUCAUGCGUCCAACUGGCUUAGUUUGGUAUUCCUGAUCAGUGCUGUGCCGGUCGGCUUUCUCGCCAUGUGGUCUACGGGCAAGUUCGGGCUGCGUUCAGCUAUUCUCACUGCCAGUUGGCUAAACGCAAUCGGUUCCAUUAUCCGCCUUUUCAGUUCCAUUCCCGGGUUCACGCAGCCGAUCAAAUUCGCCGUCGUUCUAUUCGGCCAGUGCAUAGCCGCCUUCGCCUAUCCGUUCAUCAUGUUUCUGCCUACGAAAAUCGCCGCCUCUUGGUUUCCAAAUGAUCAGCGAACUCUGGCCAAUUCCAUCGUUUCGUUGUCGAAUCCCGUCGGGGUGCUGAUAGCAAAUAUGAUUUCUCCGCGUUUGGUUGUGGAAACGUGUGCCGCCGAACAGUCGAUGACUUUCCUGAAAGGCAUGAAGAAGGUGGCUAAGUCCAGGGCGUACAUGACGCUACUGAUAUGCCUGGGAGGCGGCAUCGGCAUCUUCAACACACUUUACACCGUGAUGCAGCAGAUCUUGUGCGCCAGGGGUUACCACAACGAGUUCGCCGGCAUGUGCUGCAUGUUGAUGAUCGUCAGCGGCGUCGUCGGUGCCACGGUGUCCAGCUAUAUCGUGGAUCCGGUCAUUUCUGGUGUCCUGUUCACGUUCACAAGCCGGUUGAACAACUCGCCGAUCGCUAUUGCAUUUUCGUGCGUACUUUUCGGAACGUUUGGACUGGCUGCUUACCCGGUUGGGCUCGAGCUGGGGGCCGAAUGCACGUUUCCGGUCGCCGAAUCGACCUCAUCCGGCUUGAUCGUGUUAUCCGGACAGUUGCAAAGCGUUGUGUUCAUCUCCGUCGUUCAGAUGCUAAGCGUGCCUUUGCAUGGAGUUGCGCUGCAACAUCAGGUCUGUACGAUCAAAACGGCUGCAACUUCGUCAUCUGCCGUCAGUGCAUUCGACAUGACAACGCCGCUGUUGACCCUGUGUGGCGUGGCGACGUUUUCGGCGUGCAUCUUCAUCAUAUUUUUCAAGCCGAAACUGAGGCGAGUUGUGCUCGAGCGAGGGCUCGCCUCUUCGGUUAAUGCGUCCAAAAGAGCCAUUCACCACAAGGAAGGUAUCAUCGAAGUGAAGACCAUUGUUGCAUCGCCGAAGCUUAAGGGGUAG